GUAAAUGAAAAAUAAAUACUGCUAAAUUAAAGUCGCCUUCCUCCGCUGUCCGACGGCUUUUGCAUUUUCUCUCUCUAGAUCACACCCUCAUCUCGCCACUCUCUGCAUAUACAAACAGCCAUCUAUAUAUAGAUACACUCACACACUUUAUUACGUAUAAAUUAUGCAGUCAACAGUUUGAAGGUGGAAUUUUUGAAUUUGACUGAGAUCUGUUGUGGUAAAUUGAGGGCCGUUGGAUCUGGGGGUUUGUGACUCAUCUCUCGGGCUUUGGAUCUAAGACAGAUUGAGGAUGGCGUUGUCAGGGAUGAGAGGGUUGUCGGUGUUCAUAAGCGAUAUUCGGAAUUGUCAGAACAAAGAGCAGGAGCGCCUCCGCGUCGAUAAAGAGCUCGGAAACAUCCGCACUCGCUUCAAAAACGAAAAGGCUUCCACACCUUAUGAAAAGAAGAAAUAUGUCUGGAAGAUUCUUUACAUUUAUAUGCUGGGUUAUGACGUGGACUUUGGUCAUAUGGAAGCUGUUUCUUUGAUAUCUGCUCCAAAGUAUCCUGAAAAGCAGGUUGGCUAUAUAGUGACAUCAUGUUUGCUCAAUGAGAAUCAUGAUUUUUUGAGAUUAGCAAUUAAUGCUGUGCGCAAUGAUAUUAUUGGACGCAAUGAGACUUUUCAAUGUCUAGCUUUGACUUUGGUUGGAAAUAUUGGGGGCCGAGAGUUUGCAGAAUCACUUGCUGCUGAUGUUCAAAAAUUACUUAUCUCAAGUAGCUGUAGGCCACUUGUGAGGAAGAAGGCUGCGCUGUGUCUUCUUCGCCUCUAUAGAAAAAACCCUGAUGUGGUGAAUGUGGAUGGCUGGUCAGAUCGGAUGGCACAACUAUUAGACGAACGAGAUUUUGGUGUCCUGACGUCCUCUAUGAGUCUUCUGGUUGCUUUGGUGUCAAAUAAUCAUGAGGCAUAUUGGAGUUGUCUUCCUAAGUGUGUUAAAGUAUUGGAAAAGCUUGCUAGAAACCAAGACGUUCCUCAAGAAUACACCUACUAUGGUAUCCCAUCUCCCUGGCUUCAGGUUAAGACAAUGAGGGCUCUUCAGUAUUUUCCAACUAUUGAAGAUCCAAACACUAGAAGAUCAUUGUUUGACGUCUUACAACGGAUACUAAUGGGAACUGAUGUCGUGAAAAAUGUGAACAAGAAUAAUGCAUCACAUGCUGUUCUAUUUGAAGCCCUUGCACUUGUCAUGCAUCUUGAUGCUGAAAAAGAAAUGAUGUCGCAAUGUGUUGCCUUGCUUGGGAAAUUUAUAGCUGUGCGGGAACCAAAUAUACGAUAUCUUGGUCUGGAGAAUAUGACUCGGAUGUUGAUGGUUACAGAUGUACAGGACAUUAUUAAAAGACAUCAAGCACAGAUUAUUACUUCCUUAAAGGACCCUGAUAUAAGUAUAAGGAGGCGUGCCCUUGAUUUGCUAUAUGGCAUGUGCGAUGUCUCUAAUGCUAAGGACAUAGUUGAAGAAAUAUUGCAGUAUCUUAGCUCUGCAGACUUUGCAAUGCGUGAAGAAUUGUCACUUAAAGCUGCAAUUCUUGCAGAGAAGUUUGCUCCUGAUUUGUCAUGGUAUGUAGAUGUGAUCCUUCAGUUGAUUGACAAGGCAGGAGACUUUGUCAGUGAUGACAUUUGGUUCCGUGUUGUGCAAUUUGUUACAAACAAUGAGGAUCUACAGGUAGCUGAAACUGUUUUUAUUGUCAUAGUGAGCUUUUUUAGGAAGUUUGAUUCUAGCAAUACUCAUCUUCUUUUUAUAUCGCGCCAGACUUAUGCAGCCCUAAAAGCUAGAGAAUAUGUUGAUAAGCCGGCUAUUCAUGAGACCAUGGUUAAGUUGAGUGCAUAUAUCCUUGGUGAAUAUAGCCAUCUUCUGGCAAGGCGGCCUGGGUGCAGUCCAAAGGAAAUUUUCAGCAUCUUACACGAGAAAUUUCCUACUGUUUCGACUUCAACGAUCCCUAUCCUUCUCUCGACAUAUGCUAAGAUUUUGAUGCACACUCAACCACCAGAUCCUGAGCUACAGAAUCAAAUUUGGGCAGUAUUUGGCAAAUUCGAGAGUUGUAUUGAUGCUGAGAUACAGCAACGGGCUGUUGAAUACCGUGCAUUGAGUAGGAAAGGUGCAGCUCUAGUGGAUAUUCUUGCGGAAAUGCCAAAGUUCCCUGAGCGACAGUCAGCAUUAAUCAAAAAAGCUGAGGAUUCUGAAGCUGAUACAGCAGAACAAAGUGCAAUCAAAUUGCGGGCAGCACAACAGCAGACUUCUAAUGCUUUGGUAGUGACUGACCAGCGCCCUGCGAAUGGGACUCCACCUGUGGGCCAGCUUAGUCUAGUAAAGUUACCUAGUGUGAGCAAUGCGGAUCAGAACACUGCUGAGCAAGGGGAGACUCAGUCAAAUGGGGCUCUGACUAUCAUGGAUCCUCAACCACCUAGUAGUGCACCUUCAGCUGAUCUUCUUGGAGAUCUUUUGGGCCCACUGGCUAUUGAAGGCCUUCCUGGUGCUGCUGCCCAGCCUGAGCCAAACUUGGUCUCUGGUUUGGAAGGUGGUUCAAAUGCAGCAGACGCUUUAGCCAUUGCACCUGUUGAAGAGCAAUCAAAUAUUGUCCAGCCACUUGGUAACAUUGCUGAAAGGUUUCAUGCUUUAUGCCUUAAGGAUAGUGGUGUGCUAUAUGAGGACCCUUAUAUUCAGAUUGGCAUUAAAGCAGAAUGGCGAGCACAGCAUGGACGCCUCAUUCUUUUCUUGGGAAAUAAGAAUAUUGCUCCACUCCUUUCAGUUCAAUCUUUGAUAUUGCCCCCGUCACAUUUAAAAAUUGAACUCUCACUAGUGCCUGAGACUAUUCCGCCGAGGGCACAGGUGCAAUGCCCACUUGAAGUAAUCAACCUCCGGCCAAGUAGAGACGUAGCUGUUCUUGAUUUCUCAUAUAAGUUUGGAACUCAUGUGGUCAAUCCUAAACUGCGCCUUCCUGCUGUGUUGAACAAGUUUCUACAGCCUAUUCAGGUGUCUCCUGAAGAGUUUUUUCCACAGUGGAGAUCACUCUCAGGGCCACCAUUGAAGCUCCAAGAAGUUGUUAGAGGUGUAAGACCAAUGCCACUAGUGGAAAUGGCAAACUUAUUUAACAGUUUACGGUUGACGGUUUGCCCUGGGCUUGAUCCCAAUCCCAAUAAUAUGGUUGCUAGCACAACAUUCUAUUCUGAAAGUACACGAGCCAUGUUAUGUUUGAUAAGAAUAGAAACAGAUCCAGCAGAUAGAACUCAGCUGCGUAUGACCGUUGCAUCAGGAGAUCCUGCACUGACUUUUGAAUUGAAGGAGUUCAUUAAAGAGCAAUUAGUUAGCAUACCAGUUCCUUCUCGAGCGCCUGCACCUGUGUCUCCACCAGCUCAGCCAGUCAGUCCACCGACUGCCACAUCAGAUCCUGGGGAUAUCCUUGCUGGUUUACUGUAAAUUUAAUACAUAAUGAAGACCAUUCACAGCAAAAUUUGUGACAAUGUUUAUACAGUGAGCCCGCUUCCCAUCCAUACAUCCUUGAAGAAUAAUGCGGCAUCCUUUCAAGGAGGGAUCUUCGCGUUCCUAAUCUGGUAGGGCAGGAUGGCUCACUUUUACCCGCCUCCAUUUCGUUGAUGGGACGAGGGUGGCUGACCCAAGAAAUCAGUAUGUUAAUUCACAAGUAGCAAGGGUCAAAUUGUAUGUAAACUGGCUUAGCAUUAGAGAUCGAUUUUGGAGGUUGUUGGAGUUUUGAUUAUUCUUUUGCUCAAUUAAUUAUGCCUUUUUGAGGUUUCUCUUCUUCCUUUUUCUUUUGGUUUUUCCGGUGAGGGUCUAUAAUUGUUUCUUCGUAAGUUGAUUGUCUUGUUUUCAUGAGUCAGGAUUACUCCAUUGGUUUUUGUAAUAGAAUAGCACACGAUAAACUACAGGGAGCGGCACUGAUUGUAAGUAUUGUCAUUUGUUUGUCAAUCGAUAUGUUUUUAUAAUAGAAUUUCUUGUCGUUUUUCAAAAA